AUGCAGGGCCUGGUCAAGGAAGCUGGUAGCCUGGGUCAGGCUGCGAAGCAGCUCGAGGACCACUUUCGGACCCUCUUCAGUCCCGAAGUGCCCGCUGAAGGCCAUCAACAUAUUCAGCAUAUCAUGGAUGACUUGCAAACCACUGCUGGAGAGUACUGUGUCAAGCCUUUCUCCACACACGAAGUUGACGAAGCUAUUGCGAGACUGAAGAGGGGCAAAACCUCUGGAAUGUCUGGCAUGUCGUCCGAACUUUUCUUGUCUAUGUGGAGUCUCCAGGAGGGCAAACAUAUUCUUCUCAUGUUCUUCAACGAUUUGCUCAUUGACUCUGAUCAUCCUCAGGAGGUUUAUGACGGCUUCGUCACUCUCAUACCCAAAGUCUCGACCGUGCGAACAUGCUCUGAUAUUCGUCCUAUCAAUCUGGUCGAAGUGGCCAACAAAAUGUACUGCUAUCUGCUCACGCGACGACUUCUGUCCUCUUGGCCGGUACCCGGUUGCCAAAAUGGCGCGAUUGCCGGGGGCCAAGUGCUCGAUGCCAUGUCAACUGCAUACUGGGCAGUGCAGCAGGAAAGCUUCACUGGAGAUUAUGCGGUCUGGGUCAACGCUGACAUUAAGUCUGCGUUCGACACGCUACAGCACAGGGAUAUUGCGUCCUACAUUCACAAGCACUGUUUGCCACAAUUCAGUCGUGAAGCUUUGCAGCUUUUGCGUGUAGUUUGCAGUCCGCAACUUGCAUUCGAUUGGCGAGGGCAUCACUGGACGGUAGGGCAAUGCCAAGGGGUUCAGCAGGGACACUCUUACAGCGCAAUCCUUUUUGCUUUCAUUAUUGGUUGGGUUGUUCAGGUCGAGUUUGACUGUUGGGAUGUUGAGGGUCUUAUUCACAGAGUUGGCGGUUGGGGAUGGCUCUUCGUCGACGACCUCUUGUUGCGCUUUGCUAACUGGGGCACAGCCCUCAUGUUGACUCCGCGCAUCCAGGAUGCCCUUGCGAGAGUUGGCCUCAGACUGAAUCUGUCGAAGACACAGCUGUUUGCUCAUUCUGCCAUGCUAGAGGCUGGAAGGUUGCUGGACAUUCCCGACGGUCAUUUGUUCACGCGGAUUGACUGGACUGCUGAGACGACCUAUCUCAGAAAGCCCUUACGGCAUCCCCAAACGGGCGAGUCCAUUUUUUCUAUACUGCAACCGUGCCUGCAGCGGGCAGCACACCAAGGCCUGGAAUCCCUCAAGACGGUACUGAAGGGGCUCAGGUGGUCAGACCCGAUGCUUGCAAUGAGACUGCUCAAUCGAUACAUCGGUGGCAAAUGGUUCUGGUUCACGCCGCUCCUGAUCCCCACUGCUCUCUGUGUCAAAGAGGUUCUGGCAGUACAAGCCACAAUGCUGAUUGUCAUCAUGCAUCUGUUUGUUCCCGAUACCCUCAAACACGAAAUUGCCCUACACCUCAACCGUCUUCGUCGUAGGUCAGCACAUGUACUCAUCACCAAGAUCCCCGCCAAUGCCUGGAGCACGAUCUGGCGCCUACGAUGCUGGAGUUAUUUGGGGCACGUACUGCGGCGGCCUACGUCUGCUGCUAAUAGACAGGUGUUCCUUGACUUUGCCCACACACCCAGGCCUCAAGGAGGUUAUCCCAACACGCCCUUGAAGUGGCUGCAACAGCAGGCUGCUAAUGCUUUUGGGAUUCCGGAGCCUUCGCCGAUGCUGUUACCUACUCUAGCCGAAGAUAGGAAGAAGUGGCAACAAGCGGGACAGUCCCACUUCAACCGUGUCGCACAAGAUGAGGUGCACUCGUAUAUCUCGGAUUGCCCAUGGCCUAAAUGGCAGUAUGCACUCCUGCAGGUUGUUCCAUGGCUCUUUUCCUGUGUAUUGUGCGAGCACUGUGAGGGCUAUUGCCUGGCAUGGAUAGAUGAAGAGGAAGGGCCCAUGACAAUCCGGAUUCAGCCACAGUGUCUGCGUCAGAGUUUGUGUGAGGCGCUCGCUCUCGUUCGCAUGAAGUAUCGUGCCUGGGUCAUUUCACUCUCCGUAGCUUCGCGUGACUGCGACGCCUUUUUGCCUGAUCUACAGCUUGCGCACGUGGAUCUUUUUCAGUCCUUCGGUAACCUACUUCUUCUGGCAGUGUUGAAUUAUGAUGCUUAUCUCAGAGUUCAGCAAGUGAUCGCCUAG